AUGGACGGAAAGAAAGUCAUAGUAACAUAUUUCGAUGAGUAUGGCAUUUGGCCAAAGAUCGCUGAUGAUUUCCGUACUCACCUUCCCCUUCGCAAUCUCCACUGGAAAUCUGCAAAAGGCUCAACACGUAAUAUAAUUGUUUUGGGCGUGGAUCUGAAACGGUUCACAUCAGAGAGUACUGAGAAGCCACAUAUGAUGCCCGAGACAUUACUAGAAAAGCCAUACCUUAAUUUAUAUUUUGUUAAUUGUGAUGAUAAUGAAAUAUACCGUCAAACAGUUCGGCAGAAAAUUCGCGAUUGGGUUAACAUCGUUACUGCUCCCUCAAAAAAAAAUCAAGAGUGGUUGAUAGUUUAUGUGACAAAACAAGAAGCUCUUCGUGCUGCUAGAUAUUUUAAUAUGAAUAUGAAAGGAACAGUCUUUGAUAAAAUUAAAGCUGAUUUUAAUGCUUCUAGGCGUGAUAGAUGUGUCCAACUUCGACUAUCAGAUAAUGAUUCUGACGAAUACGAUUCUUGGCAAGAGCUUAUGGCUAAAAUAAAAGAGGGUAUAUUGACUAGUUUCGAUCAACAUGUGGUCCAAUAUGAAGACGACAUUCGAAGAUUCGAUUCACAGAGAAGCAUGAUUGGCUGGAAUUAUUGUACUUUUUUUGUUUUAAAGGAAGGAUUGGCUUUGACAUUUGAAGUUUUUAAUUUGUAUGAGGAAGCUUUAGUUCAAUACGAUGAAUUAGAAGCUUCUUUUUUCCAAGUUCUGAGAGAUAGGGCACUGGCGUGGUUUGGUGACUUUGGUGCUACAGACAUCAAAGAUGACAGUGCCAAUAUAUUGGACGUUAAAAAAAAACCUUAUCGUGACCUUAUAAGGCAGAAUAAGUUACCAGAGUUUGACUUUAGAUGUUAUCUUUUUGCAAGGCAGUGCCACUUGUUGGGGAGGUUACAAAGGCCGGUGGAAAUUUGUCGGAGGGCACAACUUUUCAUUUCUACAUUUGGGAGGGCAAUAAAAGAGCAUCAAGCAAAUGUUGGUGAGCAUUUUUUAGAAUCAUGGAUUUAUUCAUCAUGUAUGAGUGUGGUUGGCGAAUGCGAAGAAUUGGCCCCGUUAACUUCCUUGGAUGAAUCUACUUCGAGUGCUUUCAAUGCUGCUAAAGGAGAAUUAUUGGACUUAGCUAGGAAGCAGUUAGGCAUUCAUUAUGGCCACCUACCUGCCGCACUUCCGUUUACUACCGCUUUAGACGAAGUAUCGCUUCCAACAUCUCCAGUUUCUCCAGUUUCUCCAUCUUCAGAGAGUGAACCAAAAAAAAAAUUCUCGAUAACCAAUGAGGAACUGAAGGGAGCUAUUGAAUCAGACGAUUCCGCUGCUUUUGAUUUAUUGUACUUACAAUUGACAAACAGAGGCCUUAAAGCUUAUGAAGGGACUCGGCUUCGCAGUUCAUAUCGCCUGCAGGGAGAUGUUGCUGCCUUACAAUUUCAUCGCAAAAAUUUUGAGAGUGCAUCACAACUAAUGGAAGAUUUACCAUGUGCAUAUGGUGAACAAGGGUGGACUGUUGUUGAAAAUAGUCUUUUAUUCAAGUAUGCUGAAUGCCAGAAAGAAUUGGAAGAAGCUAUUUUUUAUAUGGAAGAAGUGAAAAAAUUGUGUGGAUCUCUUGAAAAAGACGAAGACAUUGUUAGAUCUUUUAAACCAAUGUUUCUAGUCACAGUAACAGAUAUAAUUGAUGAUAUAACAGAUGAGGAUGGACCAUAUUUGGCAGUUGAAUUGACAAAUUAUUUACCAACAUCAUUAACAUUCGAUCAACUUGCCAUUCGUUUGGUAAGUGGUCAGAGCGAAGAAAUUUGGUUUGAAAUUCUAAAUCAGGAAUUCAAAUAUGGCUUGAAUACAUUUAAACUAUAUUCUGAUAACAGUGCGUCAGGAAAUUAUGUUGUUGAAAAUGUUCGCAUGUCUGUAGGCAAAAUAGUUUUCACACAUAACUUUUUAAACGAAAGUAAAAAAAAGUUUUUCAGGAUUAAUGAACAUCCCGCAGUUUUGAGAGCUCAAAUAAUAGCUCCGGAAGAAAUUCAUAUCGGAGAGCAGCAAUAUUUUCUCGUUCAAAUAUUUACUGGCCUCACUAGUGUCACUAAAGGCUCAUUGAUAUUGGAACCUUUGUCUGAAGGGUUAACUUUUCCAACGGCCAACAAGCAUCAUGCCGUCACUAAAUCUGUUAAUGAUGACGUAGUAUCACAAGACAUUCUUUUAGAAGAAGAUUUAGAAGUGUUGGAAAAUGGGCAUAUAAAAUUACCUUCUUUGCGGACGAACCAAUUAAGCCAGUUCAAAUUACCAUACGACUGUAAUUGGGGUGCCAUUGAACAUAAGGUGAAAAUUACUGUUGAAUAUGAGAGUAAAGGAAAAUCACGUGUAUUCACAUCCAUAGACACUGUCAAAGUUUGGUUACCCUUAUCGGUUACAGAACUAAACAUUUUUAGGGAUGAUUGUUUAUUCGUAAAGAUGGAUAUCACGUUAAAUGGAAGUAUUCCAGUACGCAUUCUUGAAACAUCCCUUGCUCCAUCAAAAGUGUAUGAUGUUGCGGAUGACCCAGCUGUAUCGACACCGGCUAUAAGUUUAUUUGCCAAGCAACAUGCCUCAUUUGUUUACAAACUAACUAGAUCAAAAGAUUAUGAUCACGGAGAACAUGCGAAAUCACCAAGUACUAAAGUUCAUUUUAUAGUCACAUUUCGAACACUUCAAAAUGAGGUGGAGAAAUAUAUUGAGCAUACUUUAAAUAAAAUUUUGAAAGCUAGAAAUUUAUUACAACAUUCACGGUUCCUUCUUGAGAAUGCUAAAGAACAUUUACUUAAAUCAGUAGACUAUGUCUCAUAUGGAAUGUCAGAUAUAUUGGAUUUGGGUGAAUUGGAUGUUUCGCAGUGUGUGGCUUUGUUUACGAGCCACGGUAGCUUCAAAGAAUCGUUAAUAGAGGUUGUCAAGGAAUUUUGGCAGGUCUGCAAUAAAGCUGAAUAUGAUGAUAUUGCAGCUAUUUCUAAUGAUGUCAAAUCAUCAAUAUCAUUUCCCGUUGAUGUACCUUCAUCUAAAGUGCUCAAUACUGUGGAAUUGAUUAUUUCGAAACCUAAUGAUUUGGUAGUUGGAGAGCCAUGCCAUUGUCGCUUGAUUAUUCGACAUUCGUCAUACUGGAAUCACACAUCAUUGACUGAGCACAAAGACACUUUUGAGUUCUUUUAUGAUGUUCAUGUGGAUUUUGAUAAUUGGCUAUUGGCUGGACAUAAGAAGCUAUGUUUCUCAUCGAAAGUUGGAGAAACAAAAGAAUUUCCAAUAACCCUUGUCCCUCUUAAAACAGGAAGCCUUCUUGUACCCCUCAUCAGAAUUGCUAGUCCUUCACCUAAUAUGUUUUCUGAGACUGUUUAUCUUAACAAUGCUGAACAAGUUCUUGUCCGACCCCGAACACAAUCUGCGACAUUCUUUAUUGAACAACAACAUCGAAUUCAUUCGCUUCAUUCAGCUGCCGGAUUUGGUGCACCUGAGCAUCACAAUGAUUCGAGUCUAGAUGAGAUCAAUAUGGAUUAA